GUAAUAUGCCACAGGGGAGCGGCGAGAUGCAUUUUUCAUGAGCGACAGUGAUGAAUCCGUUUCUGCGGCGCCUAAUGUUGACUCCGGUGAUGAAUCGCUAUGAGAUGGAUUUGAAAUCUUAAUGCUGAAUGUUCUCAUCAGUUUUUUUUUGUGAAUGAGAUGUGAGUCGCUACCAAAGAUAGAAUGAUGUGGGUGGCUAAAAAAACAGCAACUUGGGAGUGUCCUCGUUUGAAUUUGUCUAAAUUAUUUAUUCAUUUAUUUGCAAGCAAAUACUAAAUGCUCUCUUAACUUUGCAACCUGGAAUGUCGCUGGAGUAAGACUCAGGACUAUGAACAGAUCUGCUUUGAAAGCUGUCUACCUACUGAUUAAUAAUUGUGUAUAUAUUUUUUUGUAUGUUUAGCAAGUAAUUGUUGAUAUUCUUCCACUGUGUCCUCUAUCAGACGGUGGUGUAGGUCAGUGGCUGUGGGCGCUCUAAUCUAAUCGUCCCCUGUACCUUUAAGGGAACCACAUACCUUUUUUUAGCAAGCAGAUUCAGUUCGAUAGGAGCAACCAUCAAUUUGUGGGAACCCUUAUUCCCACAGUGAAGCAGAUGAGACGGCACUACUGCUGGAACAAGCAGCCUUUGCCACUAACUCGGCGUUAGAAGGAACAGGUCGCAUUUUUCUCUGCUGUCAUUUUCAUCUGCAACUUCUUUGUUUCCAACUCUGCAGACAUGUGCAUUUUGGCAGCUUCUGUUUUUCUAGGAGUUCUUCUUUUACUUGCACCCUCGCAGUGCUUGGCGUGUCCUUUUGGCUGUGAAUGUUUUGCAGUCACCCACACGGUGAAGUGUUUCUCUAAGGAUCUGCUCGUAGUGCCACAAAACAUUCCAGGAUAUACCCGGAGUGUCGUCAUCACAGGGAAUAACAUACAUCAAGUUGGACCAGAUUCGUUUACAGAACUGCAGAAUGUCACUAACGUCAUUUUAAGCAAUAACAGGAUCACAGAGUUGGCCUCCCACACCUUUGCCGGUCUCACCAGUCUGCGCUCCUUGGACCUCAGUGGUAACCAGCUGGCGUUAAUCCACCCAGAGGCGCUCAGCAUACCUGGAAGCCCCCUUCAGGAGCUCAACCUGAGCCGCUCGCUGCACAACUUCACCGCCCUGACCGACCUGGCCACGGCUCUCCGCUGGGGCGGACUCUGGGGGCUACGCCGCCUCGACCUUUCCGGAAACCUCCUGGCCCUUCUCCCGCCUGGGAUGUUCUCCCACGUUCCCAGUUUGCAGCAGCUCUUGCUCAGGAACAACUCCUUGGUGGCUGUCUAUGCGGGGACCUUUUCCGGCAUGGACCAUCUGGAGACCCUGGACCUGACGCACAACGACUUUGAGGCGUUCAGGGUCGACGCACUUCAAGAACUAGAGAGACUCGGCAAUGCUCAGAUCUUUCUCGGUAACAACCCGUACUCCUGCUCCUGUGAGAGCCGGGACUUUGUGACCUGGCUGAAUAAAACCAGAGCCCGGGUGGAUGCUGACGCUGUCAGAUGUGCAUCACCGGAGGCGUUAGCCGACACCCGGCUGCAAGGGCUCACCGUCCAGGCCAUUGGUUGUGUAGUUCCGGUCCUGGCUGAGGUGGCUGACCUCACCUUACAGACGUCGUAUGUUUUCCUGGGGCUGGUGCUGGGCUUUGUCGGCAUGGUUUUUCUCUUUGUGCUCUACCUGAAUCGAAACGGCAUGAAGAAGUGGAUCAUAGAAACGAGGGACGCGUGCCGAGACGUUCUGGAGGGCUAUCACUACCGGUACGAGAUAGACUCUGACCCUCGGUUGGGUCACAUCGCGGCCGGCGGUAGCAGGUCACAAAGGCAUUUGGGACAAGCGCCGUCCCAACAGCUGCCAAAUGACACGUGUAUAGACCAAGCCCUGACAGAAACACAAGUCAAACCAGUGGCAAACUCCCCUCCUGUAAACUCCUGAUCUUGGAGUUUCAUUGAAGGAAUGAAAGAUACAAGUGCAUUUUUUUAUUAUUAAUUAGGAUAUCAUCCAAUGAUUUAUUUAGUUUGCAAAUUCAGUUCAAAAAGUAAAAGUCACAUUCACUGCCAAGAGUGAAAUGUGUCGAGGAUUUAUUUGUUUAAUUUUUUAUAAUUAUGAAAAAUAUUGACGGGUUUCCACAAUCAGCAUGAACUACAGAAAGGUCACAGCAAGAGAAGAUGGCUGCUUUGUCCUAGCAUGUCAAAAUGUGGAGAAGCAACGGGGAUAACAAGCAGCACUCUUUUUCGUUAAAAAAAAGAAAGUACAUUUUAUAUUUCAUUUGAAAAUCAAGGUCCCAGAAGGAAGGAGAGGAGAGGAUUGCUGCAUUGUUUCAAUAAUUCAUGCAAAAGGAGCCCCAACAUAGAGUGGAUACAGUACACGAAGAAUCUUUAUGAAGCCAAGAUUUCUGAAUAAAAAAAUUAUUUUUUUCAUUAAUGUGAUGUAAUUUUCCAAUUUUCUGAGAAAUUGACUUUUGGGUUUUAACUAGCUAUAAAUCAUAAUCAUCAAAAUUAAAAUAAAUAGGUGGUUGAAAUCUACCACUGGGUGUGUAAAAUACCUGUAGAGUUGCACUCUUUCAGUUAAAUUAUUAAAGUAACCUAAAAAAUAUAGAGAGAGGUGUACUUUUAGAAUCUCAGAAUAUUUAUACUUGCUGUGUAUACUUUAAACUUCACCGUAAAAAGUGCCUUUGUGUUUUCUUAGGCACGUGAAAAUAAUCUGCAAAUAGUUUUCUGCUUUUUAGAUAAACGCUCCUGGUUUUGGUCAUCGUUUAUUAGUUAGUCUUAGCAUCAUAACUCCACACAUUUGGAAACUCCACUACUGAUAGCGUUGAUGGCAGCUCAGAAGCAAAGAGAAUGCAUGAAAAAGCAUAAAGUAUUAAAAUAUGUCUUGUAUUAAUACUGUUGCAAAGUUUCGAAGCAAAAAGUCCUCGGAUGACAUAUUUUGUUGCAUUUGUCUUUGUUGCUUCACGCGUAGCACAACAUGUUAUAUGAAUCACAUAUUUCUGUUCCAAAUAAAACAUUUGUUUAAUUUCUA